ACAUUGUGCCGGUUCAUCUUUGCCCAAUACGUUCGAUCGUUCCGCGGAUCGAAACGAGUCGCCUCGGACGCGAUCCCUUCUCCUAAGCAGCAGAGGAAGUCCGUGACAGAAUCGGAAAAGGAAGUCGAACGGGAAGUCCGAUGGCCGUAGAUGCAGCGGCAGAUUCCUCGAUUCCAUCCCCCUCUCCUUCGUCGCAUUCCAUUCCCAGCCAGCCGUGCCACUUCUACGUCGCCGUCGACCGCCUCCGGUUCAAGAUGGAGACGCUGGUGGAUCUGCUGGGCGUGGCGGGUCAGCGGCCGGGCCUGCCGGUGGCGGUGUGCUGCAGCUCCCGCGACGAGCUCGACGCCGUCUGCUGCGCCGUCGCCAACCUCCCUUUCAUCUCUCUGGCCUCUCUGUACAGUGACCUGGCUGAAGCAGAACGUGCUCUCGUUCUGAAUGGGUUUCGGCAGUCAACUUUGCAUUGGAACCAAAUUGUUGCCCAAUCUGGAAAUGACAUAAAAGCAGUAGAAGAUGUUGAGCAAAAGUCUCAUAUUGUUGUUGUUACGGAUGCUUGCCUUCCACUUCUUGCUUCUGGGGAGUUGCCACUUUCUGCGAGAGUUUUGAUCAAUUAUGAGUUGCCAACAAAAAAGGAAACAUAUAUGAGGCGAAUGGCAGCUUGUUUGGCAGCUGAUGGGAUUGUCAUCAAUAUGAUUGUCGGGGGUGAAGUAGUAACUCUGAAAAGCCUGGAAGAAAGCAGUAAUAUUUUCAUAGCUGAGAUGCCUAUCAAUAUUUCGGAGAUAUUGUGAAGGUCUUUGAGUCAUUUCGGUUGCCAAGAGCAUGUGGCCUGCUUUGGCUCCAACUUGUCGAUGAGGUCCUUGAGCGUCGGUUAACAAGCAGUUGCUAUGGUAGGGAGCAUCUCUCGCGCUUGUGCAGUGUUUGGGUUUCUGUGAUUAACCAGUCCUUUUUCCAAAGUUCGAAGCAGAAAGUAUCUAAUGACUACUGAGGCCCAAAGUGUUACAUAUUCCCAGAAUCGUUGAGGCAUAUAAACUUGUGUAGACUAUGUAUCAGAUUGAGUCAUCAUGUUUUGGUGCAUUUCAUGUAUAAUUUCUUGCUAUUCCUCA